CCGUGCAGCUCUGGGACCCCGGUCCGCACAGAAGCCCAGCUAGCCCGCCGUGCGCCUGCCUGCGCAUCUGCCCUCGCUGCCGCCGGUGUGUGCCCCUCCACUCCACCGGCACCAUGCACCUCUCCCAACUGCUGGCCUGCGCCCUGCUGCUCACUCUACUGUCGCUCCUGCCCUCCGAAGCCAAGCCCGGGUCGCCAAAGGUCCCGCGAGCUCCGCUGGGGGAGGUGUCGGCUGUGUCCCAUGCUGAGAGCGGCGCUCAAAAGAAGCGCGACAAGACUCCCGGAGGCGGCGGCGCCAACCUCAAGGGCGACCAGGCGAGACUGCUCCGGGACCUGCGCGUGGAUACCAAGUCUCGGUGGGCCCGCCUUCUGCAGGAGAACCCCAACACACGCAAGAAAUCGGGCACCAAGAAGGGCUCGUCCAAGGGCUGUUUCGGCCUCAAGCUGGACCGGAUCGGCGCCACGAGCGGCCUGGGAUGUUAGGGCGGCGACCCCUGGCGGCGGACCGAGAACUCGCUCCGCUUUGCUGAGGUCAUCCUUGGUCAUCUGGAAGCACCGCCAAGGCAAUGUGGCUUUUACAUUUCUUUCCUUUUUUCCCCCUUGUGGUACCGGGAAAAUGCAACACCAGCUGUUUUAUUAUUAUCUGGGGAGGGGGGGUUUGAUUUCAUUGUUUGUUUGUCUUUGAAAAUGAAAAAUAAAAAGUUAUAUAUUAUAUAUAUAUUAUA